AUGAGCUCGGAACAAGAGAAUACAAAGGUUGAGGAAAAGCCACAAGAUGAGAAAUUACCUAAGUCAUUCACAGUUCUUCCUCCGAUUGCAAAUCCUAAAAUCCCACGUCUCGUUGAUCUUUGCGUUGAUACAAUAAUUAAAAAUUUCACAGAAUGUUCUAAAUUACACUUAAUUCCAAGAAAAUAUCAAACAAAAAUACUUCAAAAAUUACCUCUCGACAUUAAUUUAUCUCAUGCUGUUAUGACAAUUCCAGAUGGAAUUUAUUGGAAGCGCAUUGUUCAAUCAAAGUAUGCAAACGUUCCACAUAGCCCAAAGAUGACCCAGUGGAAGCGUUUUGUACUCGAACAAAUUGCAAGCAAUGCCCUCGAAAAUGCAACAAAAGAAACAAUCGAUAAAGUCUUUGAAGAUUUAACCGUUCUUAGCCCAUUCGUUCGUACAAUUAAAAUGUCACGCUGCCCUAGCAAGAUUUCAAUGGCGAAACUCUUCAGAACUUUCCGUGGCCUUCGUAAAUUGACAUUAGUUUAUGGUGAGCCACGCCGCAACUUUGCACAAUACGAAGAAUUCGACCAAUUUACUAUACAACAAGAGAUGAGUGCAUCACAACGCGAUUGCACCGCUCUCCAAAAAGAUUUCGAGCAAAUUGGUUCUUUCUGUGCCUUAGAAGAGUUCGAGAUGUCAGACAACUCACUCACAGACAAAUGUGCUCAGAUUAUCGGCUAUGGUCUUAUUCAUCUUAAACGUCUUACAUCAAUAACUUUUGCACACAAUGAAAUCGGAAACAAUGGUUUCCAGAACCUUGUUCAGUGUGUCCGUUCUGCUCCAAUUCGCUAUAUCGAUGUCUCCGACAACAAGAUUGGCGCCAGCGGUGUUCAAUCUCUUGCAGCAGCCGUUGAAAAGAACACAACCCUCGAAUACCUCAAUAUCAGCAGCAACCAACUCAGCGACAAAGGCGUCUACGGAGUCUCACAAAUCAUCGAGAAAUCUCCAUCUCUUAAAUAUCUCGACAUAUCAGGUAACCGUAUCGAACACUUUACAGAGAUCAUUGAAGCCCUUAAGAAGAACACAACCCUCACAGACUUCAUUGCUGCAGCAAACCCAAUUUGCGCAGAAGAUCAGGAAAUCUUUGUAAAGUUCGACCAAUUCAACCAAACUCUCCAGACUAUCGAUGUAAGAUACUACCCAACAAACGAAGAAGAUUACAUCGUAAAGACAACAGAGACAUCAGAAGCACCAAUUCUCCGUAUCAAAUAA